GGCGGUAAAUAAUUGAUCCAAGACAAUUUUGUUAAUAAAUUGCUUAAAUAGAAAUAAAAGUAUUUAUCAAAAUGAAAUCUGUAGUGAAUACAAUAUUAUUCGAUGUUUCUAAGAACGAAAUGUUUAAAAUAAAUGAAAAUUAUAAAAUGCUUCAUCGCAAACUGAAGGCAACUUGGAAGGUUAUGAUCAAUCGAGAAGAGUUAACACAAAAUAUUCUAGAAGAUGUCCAGAUCCUUGUGGUACCAGGGCCGCAGAACGUGUUCACAGAUGACGAGCUAGCCUGUCUCAAGAGUGUGGUAGAGAGGGGAGAUUCCGUUCUCGUCAUGAUGACAGAUGGAGGGGAGGAACGUAUGAAUACAAAUAUUAAUUUCUUUCUAGAAGAAUAUGGUAUAGUUGUUAAUAAUGAUUGCGUGGUUCGCGCUAAAUACCACAAAUUCUAUCACCCAAAGGAGUGUCAUAUAUCUAAUGGCAUUUUAAACCGUGGUGUCAUGAAGUACAUCAUGAAGAUGCCAAACUACAGCGUUGAGAGUGAUGACUUUCUGGAAGAUCCUCCGACUCCCACCUUUGUGUAUCCUUAUGGCGCGACGCUGACAGUCAAGAAGCCCGCAGCCGCCAUCUUGUCCAGUAGCGACCUCUGUUACCCUGUUAAGAGACCAAUUGCCGCCUUGUAUACUGCGGACAGCGGAGGCAAGUUAUUCGUCAUUGGUUCGGGGCAUUUCUUCGCUGAUCAGUACUUGGAAAGCGAGUGCAACGACCUAAUCCGUGAGAUGGUGUUCAAUCACCUCGGCGGCGCUGCUGACCUGCAUCUUAAUCCUGUCGAUGUAGAAGACCCGGAUGUGAACGAGUACCGCACUUUGGGCGAUGCAUUGUUCCUGAGCCAGGUGGCGCUGCCGACCCCCGCCACCGCGCCGCCCCCGCGUCUCGCCCCGCUGCACCCACACGCCCUCUUCACUUGGACACUAUUCUCUCUCAACUUGGCACAGCUGCCCGAAGUACUAGGAUUGUAUGACGCGCUAGGAGUAAAACAUGAGCCGCUGAGACUGAUCGCGCCUCAAUUCGAAACCCCUUUUCCUCCAUUACAGCUAGCGGUGUUCGCGCCGAGGUUCCGUGAACCACCACCGCCGCCGCUGGAGCUGUUUGACUUAGACGAGGCUCUGAGCUCGGAGCGCGCGCAACUCGCACGCCUCGCCAACAAAUGCUUGCAGCCAGACAACGAAAAGAUGGCGCAAGGAGACAGUAGUCAGUUGGAGAAUGAAUUGGAGUACUUCAUCAGGGAGUGUGGACGAGUGGUGCGACUAUCUCGAGCACUGACAGAUGCGCCCUCUGCUAAAGCCAUCUUACAUCAAUUGAUGGUCCAGCUGGCAGCGUUCAAGAAGAUCUCACCCAGAGAAGAAUAGUAGAGAUGGAGAUGAAAGAGGACAGGUCGACGCAGCGUGGGCAGGCCUCCCGCAAGAUGGACCGAUGACCUGGUCAAGGUUGCGGGGGCGUCCUGGAUGCAGGUGGCACAAGACCGGUCAUCGUGGCGAUCUUUGGGGGAGGCCUAUGCCCAGCAGUGGGCGUCCCAUGGCUGACAGGAAGGAAGGAAGGAAGAUAAUAUAUGUUUUUAUACAUGUUGUAUAGAAGUGGAAAUUUACAGUUAGAUUCAACAUAAGU